UUCUACACUUGACGAUAUUCGCGAUAAUAACCUGCGCAAGUUGUACUUACAGUUAUGACUACGAAACGGAAAAUGGAAUCAGACGCGAGUAAGUCAUCUAGUGCCAAGAGACAUUGGUCGGCCGGUUUGCUCAAGUCGAUGGAGGAUCCCGAGAGCAAGGUUACGGAGGAUGAUAAAACAGUUAUUAUUAAGGACAAGUAUCCUAAGGCACAAUUUCACUUCUUAGUCUUACCGAGGGAAGAUAUCCCUUCUAUAUGGCACGUCAAGGGAAAACAUUACGACUUGCUGGUGCAUAUGGACAAUAUCGCUCGCCGUCUCACGGAGAAAUACGCGGAUCACAAGUUCAUCAUCGGCUAUCAUGCGAUACCGAGUAUGCAAAGACUUCACCUGCACGUGAUAAGCACAGACUUCGUCAGUCCUUGCUUGAAAACAAAGUACCACUGGAACUCGUUCACAACACCAUUUUUCUUACCUUCCUCAGACAAAUUGAAUUUUAGAUAUAUGCCGCCAAUUGCGCGAGACAAGCGAGAUCCGAAGAAUUUCUGUUGAAGAGAGCGAAGGCUAUCUGGCCACGGAACUUAAGUGCCAUGUGUGCGCGACACGGCUCAAAAACAUGCCGCGAUUGAAGGAGCAUUUGUUAACGCAUCUCAACAAGCAACAGUAGAACACGGAAGCCGUCGUACAGUAUUAAAAAGAUGUAAAUUAUUUGCGACAAAUAAAUUAUUCUUUUUCGAGACUUCUUGAAAAACAUUAUGUUAUCUUCGAGGAAAACGUGCAACAGCAAAUUCGACGAGAAUUGAAAAAUUCAGAGCAAAAAGAGCGAACGCGCAGAUAAAAGACGCGAUACAACUUAUGUAAAUUAUUUUCUCAAAGAGUAAACUGUUGUCUUUCAUGGCCCAUUACGCAAACGUUACGCAAGGCGAGAUGUGUUCGAAGGAAUUCGUUGGGACAGGCAAGAGUCGUAAGAAUCGAGAAAUGCAGGUUUAUGUGAUAUUUCGGAAAAUUUACUAUAAAUAAAUUUGAUGUUUAUCCUUAAUAGAUUUUGCGUCUAUAAUAUCCAAUUAUAUUCUAACUAUUUACAAAGUCUUCUCAUUGCAUGUGUAAGUAUGUAUGUCUGUAUGUGAUUAUAAACGCAUGUGUAUGUGUGUCGUGUACUUGCGUGUACGUUAUACUUAAUCUGUAUACAUUUAGUAAUACUGCAAUUAAUAGUUGAAGCGUUUCUGCUCUGUAUCGAAACAGUAGGCAUCAGUAAUAUUCGCGCAAGGCCUUGCUGUUAUUGCUUGCGUGUCCAGCCGCAGAUCCGCGAAGGGAUGCGCGACGGAUGUGAGAAAGUUCCGAUUUCUUGUUAACUUUUCUUUUAAGUAUACAUCUCCCCGGACGACACACUUCUGUAUAAUCUUAAGUUAAAUUAAACUAUCAUUUCUUAGUGAACGUAUAUUCGUCUCGCGGCGCCUUCGAACGAAGAGAAAGGCGCGCGCGUAUCGAAUUAAUUUAUCUUAAUAUGAUACACGGCGAGAGGAGGCCGACGCAGCAAAGUCCGAGAAGGGCGGCGAGGAAUUUCGGGGAUCGAUGCUCGACCAGCGCGACGAAAACGCUUGUCGACGGUCCCUUCGCCCAUCUCGGAGGAACGUGCGCCAUUCCUCUCGCAAAGAAGCGCACCGGUUCCCAUCUUAAAGUUUGCAACGCCUGCAUAAAACGUAGGACCUGCAAAGUUCGCCGUGAUGGAAACGACGCGCGAUCUCCGUUCACCCUAUCUCGUGUGUGGAAAGAGAAGGGAUGAGAAAAACAGAAAGAGAAAGUUUAACGUGUGGGUGUGGACGUGUUGGGAUGUGUGUAUGUAUGUGUAUAUGGGUAAUAGUGGUGUGUGUUGCGUGUAAGGUAACGAGAUCGGCGAUCGGAUUGAGCACGUACUCUCUCUGUCCGUAGAAGAAGCACAACGUCGACGUGUGAUAUUUACACAUAUUCCGGAAAUAUAUUAUCUUUAUCUCUAUACGUCCUCGAAAAAAUAUACUCGCAUAUAUACACACACAUACACACACAUAUUUCAGAGUCGGAAAUAUACAUGACUUCUCGCGCGCGCGGUUACAUCCAACCAAAGUUUCGCGACACGCGUGCUUCUUCGUUCGCGGUAGAAAGAUUACGCCGUUAAGUCGAGACGCGACUCGUGAUAAACUAACUCUAACCAACAAACUAACUAACUACGGAUACAUAUGUAUGUAUGUCUCUCUCGCGAUCAGUUCUCACUAGAAAGAAGAAUAGAGAAGUCCGGCCGGGACGCGAUGGCCGCGUCCGUUCGCUCGGUGAUUUUUCGUCCGCCCGCACCGUGCGCGGCCCGCCAAAAGCGGUCUUUUUGACAAAGCCACUGGGCAGCGAGAACAAUGCCGAUCCGUCGAAACGAAUCACCAUUUUUUCGAACAUCGCGGCGCAACGCGCGCGACCACCAGCUGCCCGGCCAUCCCCCGAAUACCCUGUUUACGUCUGCAUUGUGCGAGAGAGAGAAAGAGAGAGAGAUUGAAAGAGAUUUAAAGAUAUAUAUAUAUAUAUGUAUAUAUAUAUAUAUAUAUAUAUAUAUAUAUAUAUACAUAUAGAUAUAGAUAUAGAUAAA